AUGAACUUUGUUUUAUACAUACAACGGAUGCUUAGAUUACAUGAGGAGAAUAUAAAAGCUAGUGUUGUUCUUCUUGAAACUCAUGUAGAAGAUGGGAACUAUCCUUUCCUCGAGCUAUCGUCGCGUGAUACUCUCACUGUUAGUCGAACUAUGAAGAGCUUCUUGAAUAAGAACAAUGCAGGCAUCACUGCAGGAGGAGCCAAUGGUUAUCUUUACAAAGAAGCUGACAAGUCCUGCAAAGUGAUAUUAGGUGCUCUCCCCUGGAAAUUGCAGCAGCCUCACAGGUGCAUGCAUUACGGAUUUGUUUCUGAUUCUAGUUCUAGGUACUGUACUUGUUCUGUUCGCUCUGACCGUGUUUGGUUUUCAUUAGUAGAGCCAAGUCGUGAUUAUCCUGAGGGUUUGUAAUUACAAAGUUGGGAUUUAGGAGUCUGUUU